UUGAGGGCAAAAUUUUAUAUUGCUGCACUUGCGAUCGUUUCGAAUUCAUGCAUAGUAUUCUUUCAACAAUGUAUUUGACGCGUAAGAUUUUGUUGUGCUUCUGGUUGUUUAACAUCGAUGGUACAUUUUUUUCUAGAGAAAAUUUAGUUUACGCUUUUGAAAACCCAUUGACGCCAGGUCUUGCCAUUCGCAAUGGGAUAAAGACAGCAAUCAUAGCUUCAUCUCAUAUCCUGGGAUCAUGGAGACCACUGACUGUCUUCGCACCCUUGGAGGAAACUUGUUUAGUUAAUCUAACAUCACAGUCACUUGAUAUGCGAAUGGUUACUACUAAAACUGUGGGAACUGUAACAGGAGGUGUUCUUGGCAAAAAUAAUUACGAAGUUGUUAAAGUUUCGUGCUUUUGGAAUACUGGCUCAUUUAAUAAAACUAGUAUGGAGUGUAGAGUAUAUUUUUUCAACUUGAAAUACAACUCGUUUAAAAAUGCUUUAGAUCACGAGGACGGAAUUAUGGUCAUGAAUUAUCCAGUUGUAACUGACGGUGAAUUUCCCAACCCGUUUUUUCAUGGAUUUUCUAAACUAAUUGGAAAAAAACUCAAACGACCCGGAGACUGUUCCAAGGUUCAUAGCGCUUCCACCUACCAAUGGUUCGUGAAUUUCCCAUUCGAAAGUGUUUAUACAAGUUAUAGAGCGGAUUUCAAUGAUAAAGAAUUUGGAAAAAAAUUUUGUGCUCUUGUGGUUAACAUGCCUGUGAAUCGGCGUUUGAAUUACAUUUCAAAAGAACAGUUCAAAUGUACGUUUGGAAAAAUUAGAGGAAUUUCGCAGGAAGCUGUGAGUGAUGGUUUCAUUCAAAAUGCAGGUAUUGCUAAGACGCCGGUGGAAAGGCAUGAAGGAAUUUGUGUUGUAAAUAUCCCAGCAUGAUCACAGUGUGAUUCCAAAAUAUGUUAAUCAAUUUGAACACUAAUUAUGAUUAAAAUACAUUUUCUUGUUGUUUGGUAAUUUAACUCCAGUUUGUACACCUCAACUCUCCUCUUUAAUUCAUGCGGUUGAAAUGUUCAUAUUCUUAUUUGUCCUUUUUACUGCACGUGUUCCACUUUUGUUUCAAAACAUUCCCUUUUUUUUUUUUUCAAACUAAUGUAUUAAGCACCGCCGAUAGGCAUUCUCCUGCACAUAUAACAAUGAACUUAAUAUUAGAAUAAAAUAAAAAUAUCAAGUAUACGUGAUAGGGAGUCAGGGUUAUACCAUCAUAAAUGCUGACUUUUUUUUGCAUCAAUUGACGAAAGGGUUCUGUUUCUUUCCAAAUCCAUAUCUUACCGAAAAAAGCAUUGUUUAAAAAAAAAAAUGUUUGCCCGAAUCCCUACAAAUAGAUGAAAGAUCCCCCCUAUUCAUACCAGACGACCCUUCUGAAAUUGAAAAAUUCUUAGAUCUAAUUGAAAAAACUUGACCUUACCAACUCGAUAUAAAAUCUCACACGACGCGUGUAAUAGUCAGCUGUAAUUACAAACACCCAAAAAAUCCUGUUUUUGAUCAAAAUUGACAAAAUGUCCUAAUUUUUGCAACAUUUUUAAAAAGUGUAAUGCUUUGCCAAAAAUUGCCAAUAAAGGCAUGUUUUUUUCCAAAAUAUUCCAAAAAAGGUCUCAUUUUUGUCCGAAUUGUCAGAAAUUUCCAUUUAUGCAAAAAAGGGGAGUCCGAUAAGACCAUUUUUUGGGCUGAGACAGUUAUCGACUUGACCACUCUCAAAAUAUUGUAAGCAAAAAUGAGCAAUUUUUUUGGCUCCAGGGGUUCCCAAAGUUGCGAGUAAAAAAAUUAUUUUACGAACCACUAAGUAUUAUUUUCAAAAACUUUUCGGCGUAAAACAUCUGGUUGAACUCUAUGAAUGUUAUGCGAAGUGAUUUUCCUGUUUUCGACUCUUGGGGGCAGAAAUGGGGGGGGGGGUUCAUUUUUGGAAAAUUUUGGAACCGCCAUUUUGACCCUACCCCUUUGAACCCCGCUAAAAAAACUUUUUACAGUUUAUAUUGAUAUGUAUCUGUAAGACCUCCACCCUACCAAAUUUUAAGCUCAAUAAAACUUUUUUCCGUUGGUAAUCAGGUAUCCAAUUUUCCAAUUUUUCAUAAUUCCGAUAUUUUUGAGAGCCCCUUGAAAACUAGAAACUUUUGGUUUCCGCCAAGCGUAACGUUUUGAAGUAUGUAUUCAAUUAUCUUUAUCGGGUUCAAACAGAUAUUUUAGUUUUUGAAAGUAAUACGAAGUGGUUCCUAAAAUUCUUUUUUUAUUCAAAACUUUGGGAACCCCUGUAGCCCCAAAAAAUUCUCAUUCUGGGUUAACUAACCACGGAUUCGUAUUUGGGACAUUUAUUAGAACAUUUUAAGAGUGGUCAGGUCGAUAACUGAUGGGUCCAAAAAAUGGCCUUAUCGAGACUUCUCCUCUGUAAAACGUUUCAAGCUUUCUGAAAAAGUCAUGUUUUUGAUGAAAUUUCCUAAAAGCCCCAAUAUUUGCCAAAAUUGACAAAAAGUCUCAUUUUUUUUACCUAAACUGACAUUAAGUCUCGCUGCUUGUUAAAAAAGUCAGAAAGUCUUAGUAUUUUUACCGAAAUUUCUAAAGAAUAGGUUCAUGAUUCUUUUGGUUUACAUUGUCAGAAAAUAAUCCCAAUGUUUGAAAAUUUGUAAAAAAUGUUCAAUAAAUCCUGUUUUUAGUCAAAAUUGACAAGAAGUCCUAAUUUUCGUCAAAUUUUU